AUGCGAACCUUUACGGCGAUCGAUGAUAGUGAGCAGGCUGGCAUCGCUGCGCACGGCGUGGCUGGCGCCGUCGCGUACACGUGCGUCUCCACCGCGUGGUACUCGGCCGGAGUCGCGCUCGCCUUGCGCGGGCUGCCUCCGCCUGCGGCUCGGCCUGAGCUCGCCUCGAAGCCGCCCGCCUACGCCCUCGCCUUUGCUGCGAGCCAGCUGUCGACCCCGUGGCGGGCUGCUGCGGCCGUGGCGUUGGUGCCGUUCGUGUCCCUGUUCCUCUCGCGCACUCGACGGCUCCUCGGCGCCUCGUCGCUCCUGCCCGCCGCUCUACUGGCUCUCGCGGCAGCGGUGGGCCUCUUCACCGCAGCCAUGGCGGCGCUGAUCGCGCGGGAGGUGGCGCUGCUGCGUUGUGCUGCAAGCCCAGCCGAGGGCGCAGCCCCAGCCGUUGAGGCGGGAGCCGCUGACGGAGACGAGGGGCAGCCGCCUCCCCUCUCUUUCGGGUGGCGCGCCGCCUCGGCGAGAGAGGCGCGGCUGGUGGACGCAGCUCUCGCAUGCCUCUCGGAGGCGGGCGAGGGAGGAGGCGAGGGCGGCGCGGGCGGCGAGGCGUGGCUGCGGCGGCUGAGCCGCACGGACGUGCUCCGCUUCGUGCGGGCGAGGGGAGGCCAGGCGGCGGAGAUUCCGACCGAGACGUGGCGGCGUUUCGUCGUCUACAACGCCGAGGCGGCCAUCCGGGACCUCGGCGUGGCGGACGGGCCGGGUGGCCAGUUCAGCCUCGUGGUGGACCGGUCCUCCUCGGGCGUGCGCAACCAGGACCCGGCGCUCGCCAUCGCCGUCCUCCCGGCCCUCGUGCAGCAUUAUCCCGGCCUGCUCGGAGAGGUGAUCGUGGCGCCCGUCAACGGCGUCUUCUGGGCCGUCUGGCGCGUCGUCUCGCUCUUCCUCGGCGCGGAGACGCGGCGCUUCACCUUCAUUCGAGGUGCGCGGUGGAGGGAGGCGCUGCUCGAGGCGGUGGGAGGCGACGUGGAGCUGCCCGAGCACAUGCGGCCCGCUGGUGACGGUGUGUGAGCUGUGUGUAGGAGUUAUGGCGGGUGCUUUGACGCAUGUGUGUGACGCGUACGUAAAGCUGCAUUUAAC